UUUUUAGGCGUUUUAAGGAGACCUCAAACCUCCCCCACGCACCGCCACCACCACCCUCCUCCCUCUCCUCAUCUUCCCCAGAACAUGGCCGUGGUGAGCGGAUAUUCUGGGCCGGUCGCCCGGCUCGAGGGCCGCGAAUUCGAGUACAUGAUGAAGAAGCGCUCGGUGACCAUCGGCCGGAACUCGUCGCAGGGCUCCGUGGACGUGAGCAUGGGCCACUCGAGCUUCAUCUCGCGGAGGCAUCUGGAGAUCUUCACCGCCAGCGACGACGGCGGCGCCGGCAGCGGCGACUUCUACCUGCGGUGCCUCGGCAAAAACGGGGUGUUCGUGGACGGAGUGUUCCUCCGCCGGGGCGCCCCCCCCCUGCAACUACCGCGAAUGUGCACUUUCAGGUUCCCCAGCACAAACAUCAAGAUCACGUUCACGGCCCUGUCCAGCGGGAAGAAGGGGAAGCGCGACGCCCCCGAGUCCCCGGUGAAGCCGGUGCAGCCGCUGAUCGCCCCGCUGACCAUCAACAUUCCAGACAACAUCGCUCACCUCAUGAGCCCGCUGCCGUCGCCCACCGGCACCAUCAGCGCCGCCAACUCGUGCCCGUCCAGCCCGCGGGGCGCCGGCUCGUCGGGCUACCGGAUGGGCGGCCGCAUGGUGAGCUCCGCGGAGCUGCAGCUCAUGAACGACAACUCGCAGCCGGAGAACGACAAAGACGCCUCCGGAGGGGACAGUCCCAAGGACGACUCCAAGCCCCCGUACUCCUACGCACAGCUGAUCGUCCAGGCCAUCACGCUGGCUCAGGACAAGCAGCUCACACUGAAUGGAAUCUACAAUCACAUCACAAAGAACUACCCGUACUACAGGACCGCAGACAAGGGCUGGCAGAACUCGAUCCGCCACAACCUGUCGCUGAACCGCUACUUCAUCAAGGUGGCGAGGUCGCAGGAGGAGCCUGGCAAAGGCUCCUUCUGGAGGAUAGACCCGUCCUCGGAGGGCAAGCUGAUCGAGCAGGCCUUCAGGAAACGAAGGCCCCGGGGAGUCCCCUGCUUCAGGACCCCCCACGGACCCCUCUCCUCCAGGAGCGCCCCGGCGUCCCCCAGUCACUCGGGGGUCCUCUCCGCUCACUCCAGUGGCGUCCAGACCCCCGACAGCCUGUCGCGAGAGGGCUCCCCGGUCCCCCUGGAGCUGGAGAUCUCCUCGGCCCCCGCCCCCCCGCCCGCCGCCGCCACGGUGGUCCAGCCCAAACUGGCGGUCAUCCAGGAAGCACGCUUUGCACAAAACACGACAGGCUCGCCUGUGAACCACCAGCCGGUCCUCAUAGCGGUCCAGCGCCAGUUACCUCAGAGCAUCAAGCCCGUGACCUACACCAUGGCGUCCCCGGUGAGCACCAGCAUCUCCCAGCCCACCAUCCAGACGGUGCACGUGCUGCAGCAGAUCCCCGUCGGGUCCCUCGGCGCCACCGUCAUCGCCCAGCAGGUGGCCAUCAUCAAGGGCGAGCCGCGGGAGAACGGCGAGCACACGGGGCUCAAAGUGAAAGUGGAGGCGGUCCCCAGCAUCGCCUCUAUAGGCGGCUCCAGUCGCAUCAUCCAGAGCUCCCAGCCCGGCGGCGGCGGCCUGCAGACGGUCACCAUCCUGCAGCAGGCGCCCAUCGGGCAGCACCAGCUGCCCAUCAAGGCCAUCACGCAGAACGGCACCCACAGCAUCACCACCGCCAUCCACGGGGCCUCAGCGGGGCCCCGAGCAGCCGUGGCGAGCCCCCUCCACCUGCUGGCGGUCCACGCCUCGGCCUCCGCCUCCCUCCCCACCAAACGCCACAACGGGGACCAGCCGGCCAGCGAGCAGCCGGACGCCAAGCGCGUCAAGCCGGAGGACGAGGCGGCGGCUAACGGCUCGGGCCUCAACUAGCCUGCACCGCCACGCAACACACAACCGCCCCCCCCCCCCACCACCUCGUCCCUCCUCCUCCUCCUCCUCCUCCCACCACUUGACUCCCAGAGGUGCCAAACAGGGAGAGGAUACUGGUUUUCUAAUUUUUGUUCCUUCAUUUUUUUUUACACUUUUCUGUUUCUAGAGCGGUCGCAAGAAGAAAAAAAUAAUAAAUAACACCCCCCAAAGCCCCCACCCCCUUUAAAAGACUGGAAUGUGGGUCGAGAACAAAUUUAAAGAAAUGGGACGAAGAUGAACUUGAAAAGGUCCCUCUUCCUCGCCAUCCUCCUCCGUGAGCCACUGAACCAGGAGAGUGACUAGAAACCAAGACCACAGGAAGCCUUAACAACGACUAACCCGUAAGAGCUGACCUUUUGACCUCUGAGUGGUCCAGCGGUGGGGGGGGGGACCUGGCCGCCAUCUUUCUUCUUCUUCUGUCGCAUCUACCUCGGAGCAGACGGGGAGCCUCCAGCAGCAGCAUCCUCUCCGGUCGAGACGCAGACGACGAGCAUCCAAAUUGUUUCAAACUAUAUUAAAUUUAAAAAACUGUAUUAAAAAAAUGGCGAGAAGAUAAAAGAAAGAAAGCUUUCAAAGCGGCGCUGAGUUUGGGAUGAACUGGGAGCCGCCGUGUCGGCGCCCUGGCAGCUAGCCUCUCUCCGGACUCCUUCCUGGACGUGGACUUGCAGUAUUUCGUGGAGCUUAGGAUCUUUUUUCUUUUUCUUUUUUCGUUCACAUGUAUUUUCACUUAGAGGAGAAAUACUAAUUUAAUUGAGAAAGAAAAGCGUACGAGAAAAUAAUGAGGUCGGCGACAUUUCGGCAACUAAAGUUAGAGAAAUCUCACUUCUUUUUAUUUUUUUAAAAACAUUUUUUUACUGUGGACUUUAUUUUUUUCUGUUUGGUGAAACUGUUGAAGUUUUUAUUUCUUAAUAAUCGUUUCCCCUCGUUCUGACAUAUCCAUAUGAAAUUUGCUUAGUUAUUACCGUCAUAUUUUUAAUACUUGCACAGAUAACCGAUUAUAAGCAUAUGAAAUCUCUCCAUGUGUAGUUCCAGAUGUUGACCUUUGACCUUGCAUGUGUCCGACAGCAGAGGAGUCGUUAACUGUAAAUUGAACGGAGGAAGAAAAAAAGAAAAGGGAAAAGAUACCUGCUUUGUCCAAACCACCUGCACUUGAUUAAAUGUUUGUUUUCAUUAUUCUUAUUCUUUACUUCCUACCUAUCUCCUCCUCUUCGUACCUCGCGGCUGUGUUGACGUUGUGGUGUUGGCGCCCUCCACUACCGUUUUGCUUGAUUAAUUUACUCUGUUCCGGCGACCUGGCGAGUGUUUAUUUUCUGAUUGUACACGUUCCAAAACAAUAGUAAAGGAAAAAAAUGUGAUGUUUGUUCUGCUUCAGUGGAGAAAUGCUUUUUUUCUUCUUUUCUUUUUAAAAACAAAUAAAUUAAUUUAAAGCA